AUGGAGUCUGUCUGUCUGUCUGUCUCUCUCCCCCUCUCUCUCUUUCUCUCUCUCUCUCAUUUUCUUCUCAUCUACCUCUCUCUCUCCACCCUCUUUCCCUUCAAUCUCUUUCUCUCUCUAUCUACCUCCUUUCUCUCUUUUUUAAAACUGCACUUGUGUAAACGCUUAUGUUCGCACUCAAUCCAAAAAAUCCAUUUUCGCGCCAAACAGGCUCCAAAUUUGGCUUUUGCAUUUUCUACAGCUGACCCCAGCAUUUUCUUUUACAACAAACCACAGCAUGUUCUCUACAGCUGCCCCAGAAUUUUUCUACAGAUGACCCCAGCAUUUUCUCUACAAGGACCCCAGUAUUUUCUAUACAGCCGACCCCAGCAUUUCUCUACUGCGGACCCCAGCAUUUUCUAUACAGCCGACCCCGUAUUUCUCUCUCAGCGGACCCCAGAUUUUUUUUGUACAGCCGACCCCAGCAUUUCUCUACUGCGGACCCCAGCAUUUUCUAUACAGCCGACCCCAGUAUUUCUCUACAGCGGACCCCAGAUUUUUUUAUACAGCCAACACCAGCAUUUCUCUACAGCGGACCACAGCAUUUUCUAUACAGCUGACCCCAGCAUUUCUCUUCAGCGGACCCCAGCAUUAGGCUUUCGCAAUGAUUUCUAA